AAAUAACCCAACCCGUUUCAUAAUUUAUUCCAACGGAGAUAACAGCUCAAAGUCUCUAUAAUUGAAUAGACCCCCCGGAGAUAACAGCCGAAAGAAGUGAUUCGUGGUGAUUGGCAACAUGGCUCGCGCCGGUUUCAGGAUCGCUUUACUGCAGCUGAAGGUUGGUGCCAGCAAAACUCAGAACAUCGAAAAUGCCGUUAGCAAAAUACGUACGGCCGUAGCUGAUAAGGGAGCCCGCGUGGUAGCGCUGCCGGAGUGCUUCAACUCACCCUACGGAACGCAACACUUUCCCGAGUAUGCCGAGGAAAUUCCUACCGGCGAAACCAGCCGAAGUUUGGCGGCGAUAGCGAAAGAGCUGGGAAUCUAUCUGAUUGGCGGAACGAUCCCUGAGCGGUGUUCGGUAAACAGCAAGCUGUACAACACCUGCACCAUCUGGUCACCGGAAGGAACGCUGAUGGCGACCUACAGAAAAAUCCAUCUCUUUGACAUCAACAUUCCGGGCGGUAUACAGUUCCGCGAAUCGGACGUACUAACCGGGGGCGCCAAGCUUGCCUCGGUGGCUAUUGAUGGUGCCAAAAUUGGCAUCGGAAUCUGCUACGAUAUUCGAUUUGAUGAAUUGGCUCGCUUGUACCGCAAUCAAGGUUGCGAUAUGCUUAUUUAUCCCGGGGCUUUCAACAUGAAAACGGGUCCGUUGCACUGGGAGUUACUGGCACGUGCCCGUGCGAACGAUACGCAAUCGUACGUGGCAACCAUUUCACCGGCGCGAGACGCUUCGGCUGGGUACAUUGCCUGGGGCCACUCCAUGGUGGUCGAUCCGUGGGCAAGGAUAGUGAGUGAGGCGACCGACGGGGAGGAAAUGGUCGUGGCCGAUAUCAAUCUCAAAAUCGUCGAUGAAGUACGUUCGCAGAUUCCCAUUUUCAGUCAGCGAAGGACAGAUCUGUACAAAACAGACUCAAUUCCGUGAACUAACUUCCAUGCCAGUGCCAUGAAUGAUUGCUUUUGAUAAAUAAACUGU